AUGUUUCUGUCGAAUUAUUUUGCGCUGCCGCGCCGAUUGGGCGCUCUGGCGUCCGGAGAUUGGUUAUAUGCAAUGGCUCUCGACGAUGCCCAGCGCGAGGUCAUAUUGCGCCAUGCCGACCGCCUGUUGAGCACAAGGGCCUGGCCCAAAACCAUCUGCCCCUCCGAGAUCGCUCGCGCCUUGUCACGGCAGGAGCUGGAAACACUUGACGCGUCGGAAUGGAGGGACACGAUGGACGCCAUACGGGAGCUGGUGUGGGAGAAGCGUGCUGCUGGUGAGGUGGAGGUCAUGCAGAAGGGCCAAUUGGUAGAGGCUGAGAGUUUGGAGCAUGUCAGAGGACCGAUACGAGUGAGGAACAUCAAGAAGUGA